AUGCUGAGUCAGUGGCUUGUCUGCUUGGCCCUUUUGUCCCUGGACUGGGCUCCAGGCAGCUGGGCCUUCACCACCACCAGGGCUCAGAGCCUGAGGGGUCGCAUCCAGAGAGACCGCAGAAACAUCCGGCCCAACAUCAUCCUCAUUAUGACCGACGACCAGGAUGUUGAGUUGGGUUCUCUACAGGUGAUGAAUAAAACCCGUAAACUCAUGGAAGAUGGGGGCACUAGUUUUACCAAUGCCUUUGUUUCCACACCCAUGUGCUGCCCGUCACGAUCCUCCAUGUUGACGGGCAAGUACGUCCACAACCACAACACCUACACCAACAAUGAGAACUGCUCGUCGCCCUCCUGGCAAGCUCAGCACGAGCCACGCUCAUUCGCUGUGUACCUCAACAACACCGGCUACAGGACAGGCUUCUUCGGGAAGUACCUCAAUGAGUACAACGGCAGCUACAUCCCACCUGGGUGGCGCGAAUGGGUCGGAUUGAUCAAAAAUUCCCGCUUCUAUAAUUACACCGUCUGUCGAAAUGGUUACAAGGAGAAACAUGGUGCUGAGUAUGCCAAGGACUAUUUCACAGAUCUGAUCACCAACGACAGCACCAACUUUUUCCGCAUCUCCAAGAAGAUGUAUCCUCACCGUCCCGUCAUGAUGGUCAUCAGUCACGCUGCCCCUCACGGCCCAGAAGACUCGGCGCCUCAGUACUCGGAGCACUUCCCGAAUGCUUCUCAACACAUCACCCCCAGCUACAACUAUGCCCCAAAUAUGGACAAACACUGGAUCAUGCAGUACACGGGCCCCAUGAGACCCAUCCACAUGGAGUUCACCAACUUUCUCCACAGGAAAAGGCUGCAGACACUCAUGUCUGUGGAUGACUCAGUGCAGAAGGUUUUUGAAAUGCUGGAGGAAACUGGAGAACUGGAAAACACUUAUAUUAUUUAUACAGCAGACCAUGGCUACCACAUCGGUCAGUUUGGGCUGGUCAAGGGCAAAUCGAUGCCGUAUGACUUCGACAUCCGUGUGCCGUUCUUCCUGAGAGGACCCAAUAUUGAGCAAGGGGCAGUAAACCCUCAUCUGGUGCUGAACAUCGACUUAGCUCCUACGAUUCUCCACAUCGCUGGGCUGGACACGCCUCCAGACAUGGAUGGAAAGUCAAUUCUGAAGCUGCUGGAACAGGAAAGGACUGGCAAUAGAUUCAAACCCAACCGGAAACCCAAAGUCUGGAGAGACACAUUCCUGGUGGAACGAGGAAAGAUCCUGAGGAAGAAGGAAGACUCGGUGACCACUCAGCACACCAACAGUCUGCCCAAGUACAAGAAGGUCAAAGAGACCUGCCAGCAGGCCGAGUUCCAGACACCCUGUGAACAGCCCGGACAGAAAUGGCACUGUGUGGAGGAGAUUUCAGGAAAGUGGAGGAUCCAGAAGUGUAAGGGUGGAUCGAAAGAGGGCUCCAGGAAGAGGGCGCGCAGCCUGAAGCCUCGCAGCAGUUAUGACAACAGAGAGAGGGGCUGUGACUGCGGGGGUGCGCUCUUCAAACCCUCCAGAGCGGAACGCCGCUCCCAUCGUCAGUUCUCCUCCUCAUCUGGACACCGGUAUCGGCCACGUUUCGUUCACACCCGGCCCACCAGGUCUCUGUCUGUUGAGUUCGAGGGACAGAUUUAUGACAUUGAUCUGCAAGCGGAUGACCAGUCAGCUGUCCGCCGCCGUGUCAUCUCCAAGCGUCAUCACACCCAAGAGGGACCAGAGUUUGAUCUGGGGACAGACGACGGAUCAGAGGAAAUGCUGGCCGACGAUACGAAUGCUGUGGGAUACCCUCACUCUGUGAAAGUCACACACAAGUGUUAUAUUCUGAUGAAUGACAGUGUCCAUUGUGAAAGAGAAAUCUACCAAUCAUCCCGAGCCUGGAAAGACCACAAGAGCUACGUGGACCAGGAGAUCGAAGCGCUUCAAGACAAAAUCAAAAACCUGAGGGAAGUGAGAGGCCACCUGAAGAGGACACGACCAGAGGAGUGUGACUGUGGAAAGAAAGGCUAUUAUAUCAAAGGAGACAGAAACAAGGGAGAGAGAUUGAAGAGCAGGAGUGAUCAGCUCCAUCCCUUUAAGGAGGCUGCUCAGGAAAUCGACGGGAAGGCUCAGUUGUACAAUGAGAUCCGGAGACGGAAAAAGGAGAGGAAGGAGAAGAAGCGGCAGAGGAAGGGAGACGACUGCAGCCUGCCCGGACUCACAUGCUUCGCGCACAACAACGACCACUGGCAGACCGCUCCUUUCUGGUCAUUGGGCGGAUUCUGCGCUUGCACCAGUUCCAACAACAACACCUACUGGUGCCUGAGAACCAUCAACGAGACCCACAACACGCUGUUCUGCGAGUUUUCCACCGGCUUCCUGGAGUACUUUGACCUCAACAGUGACCCCUACCAGCUGACCAACGCCGUGUACGCCGUGGACCGGGACGUGCUGAACUCGCUGCACGCUCAGCUCAUGGAGAUGAGAAGUUGUCAGGGAUACAAGCAGUGUAACCCCCGACCUAAAGGACAGGACACAGCACACAACCAAUAUGGGACGGACGACAGGGUUAAACUGCCCAACCUGACGGACGAGGUGGUGAACUGGCAGGGACUGGAGGAUCUGUAUAGCCUAAACGAAAGCCUUUAUGAAAGUAGGCCCGACUACAGCCCCAGCCCAGAAGACUGGGUCAACUUUCAGAAGGAUGUAGAUAAUAUGUUUGCACUGCGACACGUUUUAAACAAAUUCAACCGAACCCAUAAGCUCGACGACUCCACCCUGCCAGAGCUGGGCUCCGGGGCCGGGGGCGGAGGCUUUGACGAGGGCAGCGGCGGAGAGUUGGUCUGGCCGGGCCCGGCCCCAGAGGUCCGCCUCACCACCCCCACCCCCAGUGAAACACCACCAGCACCACCCACACCCAGGCCCGUGCUGGAGAGGAAACUGGAGUCUGUUGUGAACGACCUUCCGGAGCGGGUCGCAGGUCGGUCGCCGUCACCAGUGGCCGCAUCGUCGUCCGGCCCGAGGAGAGACGAGCUCAUCUUGCAGAGCGACACGUGGGCGCGACAGCUGGAGGAGCUGGAAGGAGACGUGUUCAGCGGGAACGGACUGACGGAGCUGGAGUCCCGGCACGACAACCAGCUGGAGCCCGGGCUCGGCCACGUGGAGGUGAGCGGCCCUCGGGGUCUCGGCCUGGGCCUGGACCCCGAAGAGGAGGAGGACAUUUUCCAGGCACAAGGCUACCUCCCUCUCUCCCCACAGACACUGAAGCCCAAGGUGCAGGCCAGCACCACCGGGAGCCCCCCCACCACACAGACUAGCACCCCGCAGAGCGCCGGGGUGGUCCUGCAGGCGCUGCCCCUCACCCUGGACUACGAGGGCAGCGGCUCUCUGCCUCAACCCUCCAAUCAGACCCUCUGAGGGCAGAUGCGAGCGCCGGCCGGCCAAUGAGCUGCCGGUCGCCACAGAGACACGGCGACUGCGAGAUGCGCUCGCCAAGAGAAGCGGCGAGCGAUGCCACCUCAGUCAGUCAGAGUUGUACAAUGAGUAUUAAAAUUAUUGUUUAUUUUUUUACAGGUGCCUACA